CCAAAACCCCGAAACCCCCUAGGCGCCGACGUCUUCCUCGUCUUCGAGCGCAUGCCGACGGAUCUAGAAAAGGUCGUGAACAGCAACCAGUUCUUUACGGCGGAGCACGUCCGCUGGCUCACGUUGGACCUGCUCCGCGCGAUCCGCGUGCUCCACGGCGCGGGCAUCGUCCACCGGGACCUCAAGCCGGCGAACAUGCUUCUAGAGGUCCAGCCCGUCCGCCUGAAGGUCUGCGACUUCGGCCUCGCGCGGACCAUCCCGGAGACGCGCGACCCGGACGGCUCGCGGCCCGCGUUGCGGCGCCAGCUCACGCAGCACGUCGUCACGCGGUGGUACCGCGCGCCGGAACUGCUGCUGCGGUCGCCGGCGCGUCCGCCCGGCGUCUACGGCGCGGCCGUGGACAUGUGGAGCUGCGGCUGCAUC